GGAGCGUGAGAGCGAGUGUGUCUGGCGCCACGCGUUGCACCUGGGCGCGUGGGAACACACCUGGGGCACGUGGGGAAGGAAGGACGCGGAGGAAGGGGGCGUGCAAGCCAGACGGCGAGUUGGAAUGUGGUAAUGGGACUGGGAACGCUUGGAAAUAUUCAGACGUCGACGCCACGUGUACCUGACGGCCGACAGGACAGGUCCCUGGUAACUCAGCCUUCUUCAACACAUACAGGCAGUCAGCGUUGUGUUACCUGGCCCGGCAUGGCUCCAGUAGUGACACCUGCCGGAGAGCGCAUCCCUUUCAUCUCGUCGUCCCCGCCAGAGCGGUCUAGUCCAUCCCAGUCGUGCCUUGCCCGUAAUGUUCUCUUUCCGCCAGUUAAUGGACGACCUCUCCUGUUACUUACAUUGAUAGUGAUGAUGCAUGGAACGUGGAACGUGGAAGGUGCUCCCUUAAUGAAGCAAUUGUGAGCAGUGCAGUGUAUACAACAAGGGAGAGGGUCGGGUCAUGCCGGUCACUCCCUAACAUGAGGCAAAAAGUCUCCUGUUCCAACCAGGAGAUGAACACUUCCCGCCACAAGUCUGGCACGGUGGCACUGGCGUCCCAACAUCUUUACACUACCAACUUGGUGCAGCCACAACAGUUUCACCUGAGGUAACUUCUCGGCUUAGUCCGACCUGUACCUGCCCACUCGUCUUGAGAAGCCCCGGCAUCCUGUUCCUCACCUGUGUCCAUGAUGGUAACCGUCCAUCUCCAGGUCUGCCUUUUCAGAAGAGGACGCAGACCGCCGAGGCGUGCGGUUCGUCACAGGUCCUGCCACUACUGAAAGAAGAACCAAACCAGGGUGUCCUGACAUCCCCCGGCCUGCGGCAGGAAAGGUCUUCGUGCACUGGAUUCGUCAACUAUCUCGCUGCACCUUCCUCACGGAGGAAUUGGACCCUGCCUCGCACCAGCUGUCCUGGUAACACAUGGUGCUACCCAGGGAGGGAGGACAUUGCCUCGCUGCGGUUUCCACGGAGGAAUUGGACCGUGCUUCGCACCAGCUCCUGUCAACACGUGGUGCCAUCCAGGGAGGAAGGAACACUGCCUUGCUGCCCCUUCCACGGAAGAAUUGGACCCUGCCUGGUACCAGAUCUUUCCUGGUAAAACAUGGUACCAUCCAGGGAGGGAGGACACUGCCUCGCUGCGCCUUCCACAUAGGAAUUGGACCUUGCUUGCCUCAACACGCGGGAGGGAGGACAGACUGCCUAACUAAUUACAUGUUGCCAAUUAUUCUUGUAAUGUUUUUUCAUGUAAUGUGAAUGUACCCACAUUCUUCCUGUGUUCUGUGAUGUACCCACAUAACUGGUGUUAAGAAUUGAUAAAUUAUGAUUAAGAAAA